CGCUGCCAUGUGAGGGAAAGUGAAGUCAAAUGGUGUCUGCUUACCAGCAAAAUUAGCACAGCAAUUACGCCAUGCACUACCGCUCGUGGAGGGGCGUCGGUCUUCUUACUGCUCCAAUCGCAGUUCUGCUUGCCUACUUCUUGUUGUCGUUAGCUCAGCACCAUUCCGACGCAACUAUGUCUUUCCGACUUGCGACUACCCCACUGCUGCUCAGCAGACUUCUACCGGCUUCGGUCACGAGAACUAACAGUAGUAGCUUCCUUGUCCCUGCCGCGGCUUCGUUGUUACAAAAGGCUUUCUUCCUCCCUACGACUAUUCCCUCAUCCACUUCUGCUCCAUUCUCGAAGAACUCUUUCAGCACUACCUCAUCAAACAUGGCCUCCACCAAGCUCUCCCUCAGCGAGGCUAUCUCCCACCGCCGCACCAUCUACCAACUCACCAAGGAGUCUACCAUCUCCGAUGACCGCCUGAAGGAGAUUGUCUCGCAGGCCAUCCUCGAUGUGCCUUCGAGCUUCAACUCCCAAUCUACCAGACUCAUUGUCUUGGUGAAAGAGAAGCACGACCAAUAUUGGCAAAUCGUGGAGGAUGCUCUGAGAGCUAUUGUCCCAGCCGAUUCGUGGGCAAGCACAGAGGGCAGAAUCAAGAUGUUCAAGAAUGCAUACGGAACUAUCCUGUUCUACGAAGACCGCGAAGUCGUCAAAGGCCUCCAAACCAAACUCCCCAUCUACGCCGAUAAAUUCCCUCAAUGGGCCGACCACACUAGCGCCAUGCACCAAUACGCUCUCUGGGUUGCAUUGGAGGCUGAAGGGCUGGGAGCGAACUUGCAGCAUUAUAACCCACUGCCAGAUCAGAAGGUCUCGGAGCAGUUUGGUGUUCCGCUUGAGUGGAGUCAUGUGGCACAAUUGGUCUUUGGAAAGCCGGCGGAGGGUGCACGAGAGGGACUCCAGAAGAAAGACCAGAAACCUGUGGAGGAGAGGGUGCAGUGGCAUGGAUUUUAGAUUGAUGGAGGGACGGUUUGUGGGGAAUAGAUCUUAGAGGAUAGAUGAGAUGGGAUGAUACACCAUGGGAAUGAAUGAUGAAAUGCUGAAGUUUGAAGGUCUAGGGAAAAGGUCGUUUAUCGGAUUUACCACCACUUCGACCACUUCUGCCAAAAGCCUUCGUGCUUAUCAUCGGCUGCUGACAGACCAUAGACAUCACCUCUGUCGUAGAAGACCAACACCGCCUCACUGCCUCGGACGC